AACAGUAAAGUAAGGUGCAGAAAACAGAGGAUUCUAGAAAUGAACACAGCAAGGUUUAUCAAGUGUGUCACUGUUGGGGAUGGAGCUGUCGGAAAGACCUGCAUGCUCAUUUCCUACACCAGCAACACUUUCCCUACGGACUACGUACCAACAGUUUUUGACAACUUCAGUGCAAAUGUGGUGGUUGAUGGCAGCACAGUUAACCUGGGAUUAUGGGACACUGCCGGGCAAGAGGAUUAUAACAGGCUUAGGCCUUUGAGCUACAGAGGAGCAGAUGUGUUUUUGCUUGCCUUCUCUCUCAUCAGCAGAGCCAGCUAUGAGAACAUCGCCAAAAAGUGGAUUCCUGAACUGAGACAUUAUGCCCCAAAUGUGCCAGUUAUACUUGUGGGAACCAAGCUCGAUUUGCGGGAAGACAGGCAGUACUUGAUCGAUCAUCCUGGUGCUAAGCCCAUAACUACUGCCCAGGGAGAAGAACUGAAGAAGGCCAUCGGUGCUGCUUCAUACAUAGAGUGCAGCGCAAAAACUCAGCAGAAUGUGAAGGCCGUGUUUGAUGCUGCAAUCAAGGUUGUGCUCCAGCCACCUAAGACAAGGAAAAGGAGAAAGAAGACCAGACCCUGUGUAGUCCUAUGAUUAGUGUUAUUUUUUUCCCCCCGGUUCUGAUCUUGUGAUAAUUUACAGCCUUCCAAGUUUUUUUCAUCUGUUCAGAUUGCCAUCCUUGAACAUGUGUACUUGUUCGUCUUUGUAAUGCGGUCCUACUUCAUGUUCUAAAUGUAUCUCCUGGAUACAAGCAUUGUUAUUCAAUAUAAUGAUCAAAUUAAUU